AUGGAUUUUCCUUUACCCGUCACUUGGGGGAGUUGCUGGCAUUUUAGUUGCAUCUGUGAUAGUAAAGUUAAUCCACAGGUGCAACUAAUUGAGCCUGCUGUGAAGGGUACUCUUAAUGUACUCAAGGCAUGUUUUGAAGCACAUGUCAAACGAGUGGUGGUUGUAUCUUCUGGAGCUGCUGUUUCCGUGAACCCUGAAUGGCCCAAGGGUCAAGUGAAGGACGAGACUUGUUGGUCUGAUGCGGAAUACUGCAGAAGAACUAAUAAUUGGUAUUGUCUUUCCAAAACAAAAGCAGAAAGUGAGGCUUUUGAGUAUGCGAAAAGAAGUGGGCUUGAUGUUGUAAGAGUGUGUCCAACCCAUGUUUUGGGACCAAUGCUCCAGUCCACAGCAAAUGCUGGUAGUUUGGUUCUCAUUAAGCUUUCAAAAGGUACCUAAUUGAAUAAAACCUAU